GGGAAGACUACAUUUCCCGGCAGGCUGCGCGGGCCCGGCGGCGGCGCGGAGAGAAGCCGGUCGCUAGAAGAUGGCGGUCGAUAAGGACCUGCUGCAGCUGGACCUGUACGGCCUGCUGGGGGUCGGCGAGAAGGCGUCGGAGAAGGAGGUUAAGAAAGCGUACCGUCAGAAGGCCCUGACAUGUCACCCAGAUAAGAACCCAGACAAUCCCAGAGCAGCGGAAGUCUUCCACCAACUGUCUCAGGCCUUAGCUGUGCUAACAGAUGCAGCAGCAAGGGCGGCAUACGACAAAGUGAGAAAAGCCAAAAAGCAAGCAGCAGAAAGGACACAGAAACUUGAUGAGAAGAGAAAGAAAGUAAAGCUUGAUCUUGAAGCCAGGGAACGAGAAGCUCAGGCCCGUGACAGUGAAGAGGAGGAGAUCCGGAUAACGAGGACAUUAGAACAAGAGAUAAUACGACUGCGUGAAGAAGGCUCUCGUCAGCUUGAAGAGCAGCAGAGACUCAUUCGAGAACAGAUCCGGCUUGAAAGAGAGCAGCGCAUCCAAGGCAGGCAAGAAGGAACUGGAGCAGAAGGCAGAAUAACUCCCAAACUCAAACUAAAAUGGAAAUGCAGGAAAGAAGAUGAGUCAGGAGGGGGAUACUCGAAAGAUGUUCUGUUGCGGAUUCUCCAAAAGUAUGGUGAUGUUCUAAAUUUGUUGAUCUCCAGCAGGAAGACUGGGAGUGCAGUUGUGGAAUUUGCUACGGUUAAGGCUGCUGAGAUGGCUGUGAAGAACGAAGUUGGCCUGACAAAUAAUCCUCUAAAGAUUUCGUGGCUGGAAGGCCAGCCCCAGAACAAUCCCAGCACUGUCCUUUCUGACAGCAGUAGUCAGCCUAGGACUUCACAGGCGUCUGUAGUCUCAGAGCGGGAUUACGAGAGCCUGGUGAUGAUGCGGAUGCGCCAAGCUGCAGAGAGGCAGCAGCUGAUUGAACAGCUCAAGCGCGAAGAUGAGGAAGAGUCUCACACCUAGCAGGAGAGAGUAUGGAUUCUCCCCACCCCAUCAUUCCAUUUCCAAAGCUGUUUCUUAAAUUAAGCCAAUAAACAUCCUUUUUUAAAACUGU